CGUCAACCGUAGUAUGACAAGAGCGUGACGGACUUGUGACAGCUGCAGCAGAGUAGUGUUCGUGAAUGUGAUUUCUGAUUGCCGAAAAACAAAAAAUUGUAUUCUGGUGCGGACAGAGAGUUCCAUCAUGAGUGCAUUAAUGAAAGUAGCUGUUUCUCGAAGCCCUGCUUCAUUGGCCACCUAUUUAUACCGUAACCUGCACCUAACAGUUGGGGGUGCUGCCAAAGAUGCCUCAGCAAACACAAAUACCUCCAAAGCCUAUACCGUAAUAGACCAUAAGCAUGAUGCCCUGGUCAUUGGAGCCGGUGGGGCUGGCCUGCGAGCUGCCUUCGGUCUUGUACAGGAAGGUUUUAAGACAGCUGUGGUCACCAAACUGUUCCCAACUAGGUCCCACACUGUCGCAGCCCAGGGAGGAAUUAAUGCUGCUCUAGGCAACAUGGAAGAAGACAGCUGGCUCUGGCACAUGUACGACACAGUCAAGGGAUCAGAUUGGCUAGGAGAUCAGGAUGCCAUUCACUACAUGACCCGCGAGGCUCCGCACGCUGUCAUCGAGCUGGACAACUAUGGCAUGCCCUUCUCCCGCACCCCUGAGGGCAGGAUCUACCAGAGGGCUUUCGGAGGACAGUCACUCAAGUUCGGCAAGGGAGGUCAGGCACAUAGAUGCUGCGCUGUCGCUGAUAGGACGGGUCACUCGCUGCUUCACACCCUAUACGGCCAGUCUCUGCGAUACGACUGCGAGUACUUCAUCGAGUACUUCGCACUGGACCUUCUCAUGGAGGAUGGAGUCUGCAAGGGCUGUAUUGCCAUUAACCUUGAAGAUGGAACACUACACAGGUUCCAAGCUAAGAACACGAUCCUCGCGACCGGAGGCACUGGUCGUUCGUACUUCAGCUGCACUUCAGCCCACACUUGCACGGGAGACGGCACGGCCAUGGCGGCAAGAGCUGGCCUGCAGAAUGAGGAUAUGGAGUUCGUGCAGUUCCAUCCUACCGGUAUCUACGGAGCCGGUUGCCUGAUGACCGAGGGCUGCCGUGGUGAGGGUGGUUUCCUCGUGAACGCGAAGGGCGAGCGCUUCAUGGAGCGUUACGCUCCCGUCGCUAAGGAUCUGGCUAGCCGAGACGUCGUGUCCAGGGCUAUGACCGUCGAGAUCAUGGAAGGUCGCGGCUGCGGUCCCGAGAAAGACCACGUGCACUUACAACUGCACCACCUGCCCCCGGAACAGCUGAAGCAGCGCCUGCCCGGUAUCUCGGAGACAGCCAUGAUUUUCGCAGGAGUGGACGUCACGAAGGAACCCAUCCCGGUGCUGCCCACCGUGCAUUACAACAUGGGUGGCACGCCUACUAACUUCCGUGGUGAGGUGAUCACCCAUCACAACGGUGCAGACCGAGUGGUUCCCGGCCUACUAGCCGCGGGUGAAGCUUCGUGCGCCUCCGUGCACGGCGCCAACCGUCUCGGAGCCAACUCGCUGCUGGACAUCGUGGUGUUCGGCCGCGCCUGUGCACUCACCGUCGCUGAGACCAGCAAGCCGGGUGAUGCGCAAGCACCGCUCAAGGACUCGACCGGCGAGGCUAGCAUUGCCAACCUGGACAGCGUGAGACACGCGAACGGCUCCAUCUCGACCGCGGAACUGCGCCUGCGCAUGCAGAAGUGCAUGCAGACCAACGCCGCUGUUUUCCGUCAGAAGAGCACUCUUGAAGAAGGUCAGCGCCUCAUCCACGAGAUCUACAAGCAGAUCAAGGACGUGAAGGUGUCGGAUCGCUCCCUGAUCUGGAACAGCGACCUGAUUGAAACCCUGGAGCUGCAGAAUCUUCUCAUCAACUCGGUACAGAUCGUAGAAGGCGCCCUGGCGAGGGAGGAGUCCCGCGGAGCGCAUGCGCGUGAAGACUUCAAGACUCGCCGCGAUGAACUCGACUAUUCCAAACCUUUGGAAGGACAGACUAAGCUGCCAUUCGAGAAACACUGGAGAAAGCACACACUGGCUACCACAGACCCGGCUACAGGCAAGACGGAGCUCUCGUACAGACCCGUUAUCGACCAGACCCUCGACGCGCAAGAGUGCAAGACUGUGCCGCCCGUCAUCAGGACUUACUAGACGUUCCUAGUUCACGUUACGUAUUAAUUAUAAUUUUCUCAACACGGGUGCUGACUGAGCUGUUCAGUAUUGUCAACGCACGACUCUGCCCUGCCCAUUUAGUGUUCAUUCAAAUGCCACUAUUUAUGUUUAUUUAUUUUUAGCGUAGCAUGGUUUUAAGCGUAACAAUCUUUUACAGAAACAAUACUCUCUAAAUGAAACGUAAACACAACUAACACUCGUCAAGCAAGUUCCGAUAUCGUCCUACAGUACAAAUGUUAUUGUGCCAGAUGUAACGUCUCUGUUCAUAUUGAUACUUGGCUCUUAUUUUUAAUCAUGGACAAAUAUAUUGUUAUAUAUUUCGUUAAUAAUAAAUAUCAGCAUUUAUUAUGAUUUUAUAUUAUUUAUACUGGCUUCAGCAGCCCCCAGGUACUUAAGAAAUGUAUUGUUGACGCAUGGUACCGAUGAGCACCCCUUUUGUAUACAAAGUACUCCUGCAGUUUAAUAAUGGAACAACUUUAUCUGGCAGGAUUUUUUAUAUGAUAUGUUUCUCCGUGGGGAUUUUAGUUACGAGAAUCGUCGUUUCUGUCAAAAUAUUUUAACAAUCUUGAGCUAAACAGGAAUGCCGAGUUUUGUCUCAAACUGUUUAAGUUUCUCUUAGUGUUUGUAAUGGUUAGUAUCUUUGUAACGCAUUUUAAGAUAAAUAAAUUAAUAAUGUUAAAUAUGUUGUGAAAAUUUUAUUUCAUGUUCAGUAUUACAAUGAAAUUUAAACAAAUCAAGAAUGUACAACACUGUGUAGAUGUUAAGACAAUUAUGUAUAAAAUAUUAAAUAUAAAUAAUAAUAGAAACAGCACAUUU